AUGUCCCUUAACAAUCAAAACAGUACCCCCGAGUCUCUAGCAGCAUUGAACACGAUGCGAUCCCCAAGAAUCACAGAGGAAAACCCAGAGUGCGAGCGAACAGCCUCGCCCAAGGAACUCACCAAAGAUGAUACCAAGGCAGAACUCGGAUCCAAGCAAGAAAUUGAUCCUCGUGGCUCCGAACAUGUUCGCAGAGGAUUUCUCCCAUGGGUAUGUCUUGUUCCGGCCCUGCAUGAUCCCGAGCAUUAUACACCGGGGAUGAAGUGGGCUUUGACUUUCAUUGUUGCGAUGGGAGGAUUGGUGGUCCCGCUGAGUAGUGGUGUUUUGUUCCCCUGCCUGAUAGAAAUCGCUGAGGAUAUGCAUACCACUGUGUCGGUGGUGAACUUGUCUAUCGCUUUUGGCUCACUUUCUGUCGCCAUCACGCCCUUGUGGUGGUCAUACCUAGCCGAGCUCUAUGGCCGUCGACUGGUUUAUAUAUCAUCCUUCUUUUUCCUUGGAAUUUUCAACAUUCUGGCUGCUAUCAGCCCCAAUAUCGGUAUAUUUGUCGCCAUGCGACUCCUUGGAAGUGCAUCCAGUGCAUCCCUUCAAGCCGUCAGUGCCGGUACCAUUUCAGACAUGUUCGACAAGCGAGACCGCGGCAAGGCUAUGGGUGCGUUCAUGCUCGGUCCCAUGCUAGGGCCCAUGUUUGCCCCCAUCAUCGGCGGGGCACUCACAAUGCACUGGAGUUGGCGCAGCACGCAGUGGUUCAUGGUCAUCUAUGGCUGGGCCGUGUUUGUGGUGAUGGUUUUAUUCAUGCCGGAGACGGCCACCAACCUCGAAAAGAACCGUCGUGAACACCAAAACGACGCCACCAGCCCUGGCCAGAAAGCCCUCUACUUCCUCCUGAAGCCCAUGGAAGCUGCCAAGCUCCUCCAAUACCCCCCAAUCCUUAUUACAGUCUAUUACACGAGCAUCGUCUUCUCUACGUACUACCUCAUCUGCGUUUCCAUCGAAGACACCUUUGCCCUGCCACCAUACUCCUGGAGCUCCAUAAUUGUAGGCGUGGCCUAUAUCCCCGGCGGCCUGGGCCUACUCUUCGGUGCCAUCAUUGGCGGCCGCUGGCAAGAUUACAUCAUGGCGCGGACAGCUCGAAAGGAGGGCCGAUAUGAUGAUAAGGGGGAGUUGAUCCUCCACCCGGUCGACCGUCUAGGUGAGAACUGCCUCCUUGCGGGCAUUCUCUUCCCUGGGGCACUCUUGUGGUGGGGAUGGACGGCCGAUAAACAUGAAUUUUGGCCGAUCCCGCUCCUAGGAAACUUCUUCUAUGGCUUUGGCGGCAUGGUUCUCACUAACGUCACUAUCACGAUGCUGACCGAGUUUACACCCAAGAACUCAACCAUCGGCGUCGCAGUGAAUAACCUCGUGCGAAACAGUCUGUCGUGUGUCAGUGCGGUUAUUGCGCAGCCGUUAUUCGAUGCCAUCGGCACCGGUUGGUCGUUCACGGCAGUUUGUUUAUUCUGUCUACUCAGUGGUGUUCCGUUGAUCCUUCUGCGGAUCAAGCGAGAUGAAUGGAGUCGGCAGAUGAAGGCUACGCUGGGCGAGUGA